UUUUUUUGUUACGAUAUUGUAGUGCUGACUCGUUCGGCGCUCAAAUUAGUUAAUUUUUUUUUUAAAUGUUAUUUAUGUAUUUUGUAUAUUAACUGAAGACUAGUUGAGGCAAUCAAAGAGAAAUGUUUAUUAUGUUAUUUAUUUAUUUUUUUAUGUGCUGCGCCAGAUUUCAUAAUUUUGAUACACAUCUGAAAGUUGGAGACCUGAAGAAAAAUGGAACGAAAAAAAGUUCUUGAGCUGGAUAAGAUUUGUCGAGUAUGCAUAGCAGAACGUAAAGAUAUGCGUCCACUAUUUAGUGAAAAGAUCGCAGAGAUGCUAAUGGAGUGUGCUACUGUAAAUAUUGAAAAUACUGAAGGUUGGCCCGAUAAAAUUUGCGUGCAAUGCGUACACGCUGUGUCGCGGUGUCAUGCCUUCAAGAAGCAGGUUGAACGCAGCGACAAGGAAUUAAGGGAAUAUAUUAAAAGUUUAACUGUACGUGUGGUCAUAGAAGAAACCAAUGAUAUGAAGCUGGACGCGUCUCCCCCAAAAAUGUUGUCGCAGAAGCCACCUAAAUUGCAACUAAUACAGCCGCAGGCGCAAUUUCAAUUACAGACGCAGCAAAAUCAAUUACAAUUGCAACAACAGCAAAUAAUUCUACAGCCGCAACAGCAACAGCAGCAACAACCACAGCAACAGCAACAGCAUCAGCCUCAAAAUCAACAACUGCAACAAGUACAGCAUUUACAAUUGCAGCAACAACAAGAGCCAAGCAAACGUAAGGCCGUUAGUACAUCACGUAAAUCUCAACGGCAGUCGAAAAAAUCACAUUUGUUGCCUCAGCAGGUACAGCAACAACAGCACCAACAACAACAAACACUUGAUCAUGUGUCGUUGCAAACAAUGGUACAGAAUAUAACACCACCGCGCACACAAGCACAACCUGCAACUCAACAUUUGCAAACUACACAAUCGUCCUUGCAGCAACAACAGCCACAACCCCAGCAACUAAUUUCCACAACCGCCUUGCCACAACAAAUUGUACUACCCAAUGGGCAAAUAAUUACCACAGCGCAAAUUGUCACACACGCCGGACCUCCACAGAUUGCGCAGAUUAUUAGUACGUCGAAUGGCUCAACGGUACAAGCAAACCCUGCCUCUAACGCCGUAGCAGCGCAACCACAAUUCACGCCACAGAUUAUACAAACAUCUAACGGACAGACGCUACAGCUAAUACAGCAGCCGAAUGGGCAGCAAACGCUGCAGUUAGUACACGUAAUGCCGCAGCGUACAAUUGCCACCACAGCAAAUGGGACAAGCGUGAUGGUAACCACUUCCGAAGAUGGCACCACGACGAUAGUUGAUGAUGAAACAUUGAUCACACCUGAUGAGCAUCACCUGAUCGAUGAUGAAGCUGAUCUGGAAGAUGAUGAUGAACAAGAACAAAUCUGUGAAACAAUUGUGGUGGAAGAUGAUCAGAUCACGCAUCAGCAGUUGCUUGCUGGCCACCAUACAAUAGUAGAUGAAGAUAAUUUAUCGCAAGGCGAGGCACAAGAACUGGAGUACCUUGAGGAUGUAACUGUAACGACCUCGAAUGUAGGACAUUCACAUCAUCAGCAACAUCAUCAUACUCAGCACUAUCAACAGCUUAGCGAUUGUGAUGGUGAUGCAAGUCAACAGCAACAUAUACAACUGCAUGACGAUGAUGAUAUAAUCGAAGAGAUACACAUGGAUGAAGAGGAAAUGCUGGAAGAUGAUGGUGCAGAUGUGAUGCAUGUGAUGGAAGGAGAUGGUAGCGAAUUUAUUAGUGAUGAAGAUGGAAGCCAGCAACAUUUGGUGGGCGAGAACGGGGAUCCGCUGCAGUACACUGUACUAGAAGCAGGCACCGACGAUGAAGAGCUCGUUGAAAGCGACGUAAAAGAAGUUCUUCAAGCUGCUUGCGGAUCGGAAAUGCAGAACGUGGUCGAUUUUAAUCAAACAGUCAGCAGUGUAGCAAGUGGUGGUGGUGGCGGGGGCGUUGGAUCAGGUAGUGGCGCAUCUGUAGGCAGUCAAACUCCGACACCCAAGCGUCAACGUAAAUCGAAUUCAAAAGCUGUAGCCAAUUCACGUCAACUAGUUGCCACCGCAUCCUCAAUAGCAACAUCAGGGACCUCGGACGAUUUGGAUAUCGAUCCAAAAUUCAUUGCCGAAAUUAUAAGUCAGCAAACGAGUUUGCUCGGCUCCGGUCGCCAUGUAUGCAAUCUAUGCCGCCAUGAGUUUAAACAAUUUAAAGCAUUGCAUAAUCAUAUGCACCAACAUUCGAAUUGGAUACGUGCCAAUUGCAAAAAACAACCGCAGUGUGAAAUCUGCCUUAAGAGCUUUAAAGGUCCAGGCAUGCUAAAGAUGCACAUGAAGACACAUCAAUCCGCUGCGCGCACACCUACCUGCAAUAUCUGUAACAAGAGCUUCAAAUCAAAAGCGAUACUGUAUCGUCAUCGGCAAACGCAUCAACUGCGCUCCUAUGCUUGCGCCGUGGAUAAUUGCCGUAAAACAUUCUCGAUGCCACAAACGUUGCGUACGCACUCGGACAACAAACACCCCAACUCAAAGCAGCCGAGAUUCAAAUGUGGCGAAUGUAGUUUACAUUUUGACGAUGUCGACAUGCUGCAUACGCAUGUGCAGACGGGUGUGCAUAGUGAUACGAUAACAAUGGAAAAUGGUGACGGUGGCGGAGACAAUAAUGGUGCCGGUGGCUCGGGUGGUGGCAGUAUAGAUGGCUCGGGUUGUAUGGAUGGCAAUAUGACGGGUAACACUAUAAUUGUUGUUACGCAGGGUUAGUUACACAGUUGCUAGGCAAGCUGCGUUCAUUCUCCGUUCAGUCGUUCUCUCUUAGCGCCAGUUUUGUAAAUUUGAUUGGUUUCCUCGAUGAAAAAGAAUGCUUUCCCAAUGUGCUAGAUUUAAUGUUUAAUUUGUUCAAAACAAAAUAAACAAACAAUUCAACAUUAGAAUUAAUUAAAA